GUCCAGAGAAACGAGCAAGAGAGAACGACAGAAGCACCUGGCAUAGUACUCGCGUGUUCUCACGCGCCGUCGCAAUUCUCCGCCUUUCAACGCCGACAUUGCCUCUACAGUCUGUUCCGUUUCGUGUUCAACGGCCACGGUUCUCUGAGACUUUUUGGCGGAAACAAUGGCACCAAAUGCGCAUGUCAAGAAAGCUUUUAGAGCUAUGAAUGCUCUCGGAAUAGAGGAUAAACAAGUGAAGCCGGUCUUGAAAGAGCUUCUCAGUCUCUACGACAAGAACUGGGAGUUAAUUGCCGAGGACAAUUAUAGGGCUCUCGCUGAUGCUAUCUUCGAUGCCCAAGAGACUCAGGCUACUCAAGAAAGAAAUGAACUGGAAAAGAAAGCUGAAUGCAGCGGUUCAGAACCGGACAGAGGAAAGAAGGCACGUGAGUCUGAUGAGGAAGAUGAAGAUGCAUUGGAUGAGCUUGAACCCCCUUUGAAGAGGCUGCGACGUAGAGGUGAAGGAGGCUCUUCUUCGGGUUUGAACAGUCCUGACUUGGGCAGUCACAGUUUGGAUGAGCCUACGACUAUUCAUGGCGGAGACACUGCUCCUAUCUUAUUGCCAUUUCAUCCUCUGUCAAACGAAAAUGACCCUAAUGCUGGUGCGCCUAUUGUUCCAAAAGACGAGCGCUUUGCAGAUAUGCCAUUCAGCUCUACUCAUCAAGAUUCCGUAGAAAUUGGGAACUCUUCAGCUGCCAUAUCUGAGAUGGAGAAUACAAAUGGACAUGUGGAAGUUGGUGAAACAGUAAAUACUGUUGAUGGUGCUAGUACUAAUGGCGUUCCUCCUACAAUUACCGAGAGGUCUAGUGAGCACAAGCUGGUUGCAACUGUAGCAGAAUCUUCAGCACUGGAGUUAGCUUCUUCUCAUACGGGUGAGGUUAAGAUCAACCUCAGUUUUGCUCCUGCAACUGGAGGAUCCAGUCGACAUCUACCUUCUAUGGAAGAACUACGAAGAGCAAUGGAGGAGAGGUGUCUCAGAUCAUACAAGAUACUGGACCCUAACUUUUCUGUGGGUCGCUUUAUGGAUGACAUAUGUAGCUGCUACUUGGAACUGGCAACAAAGGCGGAAAAUUCAGCUAACCAGUCGCCAGAAAACUUGCCAUUUCUCACGAAGAAUGUGGAUGCAUUGAAGAAAUCUGUAGCAACGAUGGCUUUUGCUUCUAAUGGCAGUAGUGACCUGGCAACAAAGGCGAUAAAUUCAUCCAACCUGUCGCCAGAAAACCUGCCGUUCGUCAAUGAAACCGCAGUAACUAUGGAUUUUACUUCUGAGGGCAGUAAUGAUGAAAACGGUGAAGUUGGUGACACCAUGGGUUUAGUAGUUGUUCCUGAGUGCCAAAUAUCUGCGGAUGACUGGAGAUUGAUAAGCGGCGUCAGUGACGUCACUCUAGGAAGAGAAACUGUUGAGAUUCCUUGGGUGAAUGAAGUCAAUAGCAAGGUUCCUCCAGCCUUUCGUUACAUGCCACAAAGCGUUGUGUAUCGAGAUGCCGAAGUAAAGUUUACACUUAUGAAUAUCAGCGAUGACCAGUGCUGCUCCUCUUGCUGUGGAGAUUGCUUGGCUCCGUCAAUGUCAUGCCGUUGCGCAACUGCACUUAGCGGCUUUGCGUACACAGUAGAUGGCAUCCUGCAGAAAGAUUUCCUUGAAGAGUGUGUCUCUGAGGCCCGUGAUCCGAAGAAACAAGUGGUUCAGUUUUGCAAAGAAUGUCCAUUUGAGAAGGCCAAAACCGAAGAGGUUGUGGAACCUUGCAAGGGGCAUCUCAAGAGGAAGGUCAUUAAAGAAUGUUGGAUCGGUUGUGGCUGCGUUGGGAGAUGUGGCAACCGAGUUGUUCAACAGGGUAUUCACAACAAGCUGCAGGUGUUUUACACGCCCGAUGGGAGAGGCUGGGGUGUCAGAAGUCUUGAAAAGCUGCCUAAAGGAGCAUUUGUCUGUGAGUUUGCUGGAGAGAUAUUGACCAUUACAGAGCUGUUCCAACGUAGAUCUGAGAAACAAACUUCUCCGGUAAUAUUGGAUGCAUACUGGGGUUCUGAACAAGGUUCAGGUGUUAACGAAGCUCUUUGUCUUGACGGAACACAAUAUGGAAAUAUUUCCAGGUUCAUCAAUCACAGAUGCGGGGAUGCAAAUCUGAUUGAGAUCCCAGUUCAUGUGGAGAAUAUGGAUUUGCACUACUAUCAUGUUGCGUUCUUCACAACAAGAGAGAUCGAUGCUAUGGAGGAACUUACCUGGGAUUAUGGCGUGGAGUUCAACGAUCAUGUGUUCCCCACGCUUCCGUUCCAUUGUCGAUGUGGUAGCGACUCUUGUCGAAAUGUUAUGCAGAUAAGCAGUGAGAAGACCAAGAAGUCCAAGAAGAAGAAGAAAGCAUGAGAACUUAUUACGUUGGUUGUUUUUUGAGUACAUGUGAUGGCCCAGUCUCUUUUUGUGAAUUUGGCAAAAUUUUCCAGUAAAAACUAUAUGAUUGCCGUUCCGACUAGGCAAGUAAGUAAAGUCGGUGGGUGGGUCCAUCUUAGGAGUAGAUUAUCAGAGGAUGACACUUGUGUUUUGUAUAGCUUAAGCUCUUAUGUAUAGCGUAAGUUAGGUUUUAAUGGCCUCUAUGCCUUUGGUUUAACCAUUUAUGAAAAAAGUAAGCUUAACUUAAUGGCUAAAGCUUUUGGUUUAAACAUUGCAAAGUAUCUUUUAUUUACAUAAUUUAGAAUAGAAACUUGAAAAUGUUCUCAACUGAAGAGCUCUCCGUAUAU